AUGCAGCAAGGUCCAUUAAGUUCUCUCGAAAGGAAUGGAGAGUAUGCUGUACUAAUCGGAGCUAUGGAAGGAGUUGGUCGAUCCUCAGCAUUUGAAUUGGCUAAACGAGGAAUGAAUCUCGUAAUAAUAGACAACGAUAUUAAGGAAUUGUAUGCUUUAUCAGAAGAAAUUAAGUCAACUUAUGGUGUUAAGUGCAUUUUUAUAAACGCAGAUUUCAUUGAGGACGAUUCUGUUUAUCAAAUCAUUUCCGAGAAAUUAUCCAAUAAAGAUGUUUCGCUAUUGAUUAAUUUUUCCGACAUCAUAGGUAAGCAAUCUUGUCUCUUUUUAAACGAAACGAACGAAAAUAUUCAGAAAAUGAUAGCCAUUAAUAUGGCUUCAGUAUUAAACAUGAUUCGGAUAGUUUUACCUGAGAUGCUGCGAAUGAAAAAAGGUACUAUAAUACAUGUGACCCGAUUGACUGCAACAACACCUACUUCGUAUCUUAGUCUAUAUUCUUCUCUCAAAGGUUUUGUGCUGCACUUGACUGAAGCAUUAGACAUGGAAUACGAAGAUCUGGAAAAACCUUUACAUUUCGAAACAAUAUUUUCUUUAGAUCGCAAUUCCGAUUCAAAUGAACUAUUUAAUUUUCUCCGAUCCAAAACUGUUGGCAAGGCAAACUAA